AUGAUGAAUGGUGAGGUGAGGGAAUCCCUCCUCCAAAUGGCGCAAGCCAUCACCACUCAAGCUCAAGACAUUACGGCCCAAACUUACCAGAAGCUUGUACCUCAAGAGAACCAGCACGCUAGUACUAUGGCUAGCCAUUUGAGAGAUUUUAUUAGGAUGAAUCAUUCCAUAUUCUUUGGAUCCAAGGACGUGGAUGAGACAUGGUACAAUAAGUGGAAGGAUAGUAGGGCUUUAAGAGGUGGUCCCAUGACUUGGGAGGCCUUCAAAAACGCCUUUCUUGACAGAUUUUUCCCAAAAGAGCAAAGGGAAGCUAAGGUAGAGGAGUUCAUCAAACUUCUUCAAGGAUGUAUGAGUGUCACGGAAUACUCCUUGAAGUUCAUUAAGGUGUCGAAAUAUGCUUCCUCUUUGGUUUCUAAUGAUAGGGAUGGAAUGAGCCAUUAUGUAAUGGGUGUGUCGCAAGAGCUUGAAGAAGAAUGUCAUGCAGCCAUUCUUCAUGACAACCUGGAUAUUUAUAGGUUGAUGGUUCAUGCACAACAAGUAGAUGAAAGUCAUCUAAGGAAGAGAAACAAAGAAGUUAACAAAGCAAGGUCCUUUGAGAGUGGUUCUUCUAAGAGUAUGCUUGAUAUUCCAGACAAGACUAUGUUCAAGAAGAGGUUUUCAAACCAAGUUCCUUCAAAUUUCUCCAAGACACACAAUGAAAGGGCGUCGAAUCCUAAACCUCAAAAGGGGAGAAUUUUUGAUCCAGCAAGAGAAAGACCAACUUGUAGUAAGUGUGGUAAGAAAUGUGUGGAUAAAUGCCUUGUGGGAACUAAUAGUUUCUAUGAUUGUGGCAAAGGUGUUCAUAUGGUGAAAGAUUGUCCUAGUCUGAGAAGUCAAGGUAAGGGGAAGAGUCAAACUCAACUAAGCGGUCCUAGCUCUGAAGCUCAAAAAAGGAACUAUUUCUGUGCAUUCAAGGCUUGGGGUGAAAAAGAGAGCUCUCCCGAUGUUGUGACUGGUCCCCGUAGUGAGGGAAUUUCCGGAGUUUUUCCUAGUGACCUUCUAGGAUCUCCUCCCGCACGGGAAAUUUACAUUGGCAUUGAUUUGUUACAAGAUACAAACCCCAUUUCAAUUCUUCCUUAUCUGAUGGAUCUGGCCAAAUUGAAAGAGUUGAAGCUCCAACACAAAGAUUUACUAAACAAGUGUUUCAUUCAACCUACUAUUUCUCCGUGGGAUGCUCCGUUCAAAAGAACACCAGAAUUAUUUGUGAAGCCAUUUGAAGUGUCUACACCGAUUGGUGACUCUAUUAUAGCUAAAAGGGUUUAUCGUAAUAGCAUAGUAAUUGUUAGUGACUGUGACAAAUUGGCUGACAUUGUUGAGCUGGAAAUGGUCGGUUUUGAUGUUAUAAUGGGUAUGGAUUGGUUAGAGUCUUGUUAUGCCACAGUAGAUUACCGAUCUAAGAUAGUGCAUUUCCAAUUUCCAAAAGAGGAAGUCCUCGAAUGGAAAGGUAAUAUUGGGCACCAAGAGAAUGGCUUUGACAGAGAGAAAUUGAAAGAAUUAUCAGAAAAGGGAUUCAUAAGGACUAGUAUGUCCCCAUGGGGAGCACCAGUUUUAUUUGUACGCAAGAAAGAUGGGUCGUUAAGAAUGUGUAUCAACUACCGGCAGUUGAAUAAGGUGUUUUCAGAUCGACCUGAGGUCGAGUUAUCACCAAGUGAGGGUCAAAGACUAAGAUAUACCCAAGACAACUUCCGAACACGGUUUGGUGAUUUUGAGUUUAUAGUGAUGUCAUUCGGGCUAACAAAUGUACCAGCAACUUUUAUGGAUUUGAUGAAUAGAGUGUUCAAUCCAUUUUUAGAUGUGUUCGCGAUAGUGUUCAUAGAUGAUAUUUUGGUGUGCUCAAUAUCAAAAGAGGACAAUGCUAAUCAUUUGCAACAGCUUUUACAAAUUCUUCGUGACCAUAAGUUGUGUGUGAAGUUCUCUAAAUGUGAGUUUUUUGGCUGA